AUGCAGCCGAUAAUACACUACCUCUUCCUGGACCUGGACCCGUUGCUGUUUACGAUAAAUAUGCACUUGCUGGCGCAGCCUACAAUUUUCCCCCAAGAACUCGCGCGGAUGUCGGCAGACGGAGUCUUGCUGCGUGCCGAGCGACUGACGGAGCUGCUGGAUGGGCAGCGCCUACAGCAGCCAUCACUGGUAAUCUGUCGAUCCGGAAGCUACUUCAAUGGGAGUCUCGAGAAUGCGCGCUCUCUCCAAACUGCUGGGUGGAAUCUGAAGAAGAAGGGGGCGCUCGAUCACCGGUCGCUUGAGGAUUUGAUGGAGAAGAACCUGGAGCAAGUCGGGGCUUCUCGCCAGUCGGGCGGUGCACCGAAGAAGAUGGUUUUGGCCACGGGCGAGCUGCGCCCUCCCACUCAAAGCUGCGUCCAGGCGUAUUUGGGCAGUGGGUGGCACGUGAAGCUUUUUUGCUUGCAGCGUUGUUGGAGUCAGACACUUGAUGAGCUGGGUAGAAUGCACCCAGGGCGCUUCGAGGUGGUGUAUCUGGACCAGCAUCUGAGAGAGCUGCUUGCGACCUCUCCAGGGCCGCCUUCGAGCUUCCGCCACCAAAAUUCGUCUGAAGUGAGAAGCGAGGAGAACGAUCAGGUCUGUAAGCAAGAGCGAGACGCAGCAAAGCGUCGCCAGAGCAGAUUGGCGACGUUACCGAAUGUCUACUCGAUGGAGAAUCGUGAGCGCUACGUAUUCCUCAACUUGGACAAUAUUGCUGGUGUGUUGUUUACGAGUCACACGCUCUACCGUAGAAUUGAUGGAGCUGGGAGCCCCCAGGACGUUCGCCUCGACUUUCGAGCAUUGACGCAGCAUUUGUGCGGCGAGAGUGAGUCGGCAGCUGUGAAGUGCCAAGUCGCCGCGUAUUGCAAGUCGAGUCCAUAUCUUGCGCGCGCUCUUGCAGGCCUUGGGUGGACUCUUAUAGCUCCGAUGACACCAGGGAGCAGUGAUAAUGGGCUGCAUGUUGAAAUGAUGUCCAAACUCGUUGACGGUGCCUACACGGCCAGCGAGAAGACUCUAGUGCUUGCCAUGGGCGACGGUGGCCUCGGUGGCACGAAGACGAAUGCCUACCGCACAAUCAUCGGCAAGUUCCUGGAGCAACGAUGGCAUGUGGAAAUUCACGCGUGGUUACACGCCUUGAACGAUGGGCUAAUUGACCUUCAGGCCCAAUAUCCGGGACGUGUCGUGGUGAAGCCGUUAGACGAGUUCAUCUCCAAUCUGGUUUACCCGAAAAAUCAAGAG